AUGCCCGAAAUCGCAUGUUUAGCCUGCCGGCAGGUCUUCAGAUCUCGCCUCCGACAGCGUCUAAUCCAUCUUCAAGAUGGCCGUCGCAGCCUCCACAGCUCCUCGCAUCUGAAGAGCGACCGCCACGACCGGACUGUUGAGUCGUGGUAUUGGGAGACAAAGCCGCCUACGCUCCAAGAGUUGGCGGCUGCAGAAUACUUCUUCAGAAUCAACAGACCGUUCCGCCAAUGGGCCGGCGAUACCUGGCGGCAAGACGGCGCGAAACCGGGGGCAUUGCAGAUUCCUGAAGUUAUCUUCCUGGGUCGUUCCAACGUUGGCAAAUCGUCUACUAUCAAUGCUCUCGCCGGCGAAGAUCUUAACCGAGUCAGUGCAGUUCCUGGAGCGACGAAAGCCAUGGCAGCAUGGGCGUUCGCAGCGAAAACGCCCAGCGGUGGUGCGAUUUCAGGAUGGGACGGUGAUGUUUCUUCGCGACUGUCCCUGGUUGAUAUGCCAGGUUACGGGUUUGGCUCCAAGGCUCUGUGGGGCUCAUCUAUAAUGACUUAUCUGAUUGAGAGAAAGCACAUUCGCAGGGCGUUCAUCUUGCUUGAUGCCGUGCAUGGCAUGCAAGAAGGGGACCGACACCUCGUCGAGAUUCUUCGCGGCCUCGCCAUACCCUACCAGAUCGUCGCCACUAAAUGUGACCGCCUUCUCGAGAUGAAAGGCUACCAAAGCCAAGUGCGACAGGCACUGACGACUCUCCGCACCCAGGCGCAGUUCGACACCACGGAGGAACAAAAGCUAGCCUUGGGCGAGAUCAUCUGUAUGGGUAAUCUACAUGCGAGUGUCCUCAAAGGCAAGCCACCACCGAAGACGAAAGACAUACCAUUUGGCGUGCAGAAUCUGCAAUGGGCAGUACUUAGGGCCGUGGGGUUGGAUAGCUAUGCGACGGAGAAGGCGCGAAGUCAUGGUGUCCUCAAGAACAUUGCUCAGGACGAACAGCCCAGCUUGAAAAUGGACUUUGUUUCCGGAGUCGAUCUACCUCAGAAGACGACCGACUCUAUCAAGGAAGAGGAGAAGCCCGUGGUAGAAGAGACGACAGCUACAGCCAAGUCAUCCUCCUCCGAUUUGCCCGACCUCUCCAUCGAAGAAUUCAUGCGCGAGAUCAUGGGCGCACAAGCAGCACCGUCCCCAACGCCACCCACGUCCACGAAACCAUCUACAGACACCGACGCAUUGCCUGCGUGGGAGCGUCUUAUGCAGAGUUACCGGACCAGAGAACAAUCCAGGGUACAACGGCAGAUUCCUCUUCGACAGCCAGCACACCGUAUUUCGUUGCGGCUCCCAGAGAGGGCUGCGCCGACCAGACCCUCUCCAAGCUCUACAGCAGCUCAACCUACGCGGUCACACCCCACGACGACCAGCAACGAGAAAAAAUCCAUCCUCAGGGGCGCGGAUGCAUUCGAAGCGAUGAUGGCAUCGUCCGAGCCCUCAACGUCCACGAGUAGGACGCGAGGCAAGCAAAGGAAGAAGGGCAACACCAGAAAUGAUAUGCCUGUCCAGCCACCAUCGAGGACACAGUCUUCCCGGCCAGCGCUGAGCGGUAAAGGGGUACUUCGCGGCAUGGAUGCGUUCGAGGAGAUGUUCGCCGAACCCCCCAAGAAGAAGUCGCCUGCUAAAAAGCGACGGCCGUCGAAUUAG